UCUGGUGUUGUGAGUCUAGUGGUUUAGCCGCAGUGAGAGGUUGCUCUCUCUCUCUACCUCUUACGUCGAGAGGAGGUCCCCGAGUAACGCCGGGGAGAGAUGGCUCGCCACGUGCCAGACAUCACAGCCCAGUGAGUCAACAGAUGGCUCGCCACGUGCCAGACAUCACAGCCCAGUGAGUCAACAGAUGGCUCGCCACGUGCCAGACAUCACAGCCCAGUGAGUCAACAGAUGGCUCGCCACGUGCCAGACAUCACAGCCCAGUGAGUCAACAGAUGGCUCGCCACGUGCCAGACAUCACAGCCCAGUGAGUCAACAGAUGGCGCAGUGUGCAGACGACCCAGGAGCAGCGGCAGCGUCGUUUCUAAGUCCAGGGAAUGGUCCCCUCCACGCUCACGCCUGCACAGUUGGUACUGUAGUGGUACUGAGCAGGUACUGGACUGGUGGGUCCAGUGGUACUGAGCAGGUACUCGACUGGUGGGUCCAGUGGUACUGAGCAGGUACUGGACUGGUGGGUCUAGUGGUACUGAGCAGGUACUCGACUGGUGGGUCCAGUGGUACUGAGCAGGUACUGGACUGGUGGGUCCAGUGGUACUGAGCAGGUACUCGACUGGUGGGUCCAGUGGUACUGAGCAGGUACUCGACUGGUGGGUCCAGUGGUACUGAGCAGGUACUCGACUGGUGGGUCCAGUGGUACUGAGCAGGUACUCGACUGGUGGGUCCAGUGGUACUGAGCAGGUACUGGACUGGUGGGUCUAGUGGUACUGAGCAGGUACUCGACUGGUGGGUCCAGUGGUACUGAGCAGGUACUGGACUGGUGGGUCUAGUGGUACUGAGCAGGUACUCGACUGGUGGGUCUAGUGGUACUGAGCAGGUACUCGACUGGUGGGUCCAGUGGUACUGAGCAGGUACUCGACUGGUGGGUCCAGUGGUACUGAGCAGGUACUCGACUGGUGGGUCCAGUGGUACUGAGCAGGUACUCGACUGGUGGGUCUAGUGGUACUGAGCAGGUACUCGACUGGUGGGUCCAGUGGUCCUGAGCAGGUACUCGACUGGUGGGUCCAGUGGUACUGAGCAGGUACUCGACUGGUGGGUCCAGUGGUCCUGAGCAGGUACUCGACUGGUGGGUCCAGUGGUACUGAGCAGGUACUCGACUGGUGGGUCCAGUGGUCCUGAGCAGGUACUCGACUGGUGGGUCCAGUGGUCCUGAGCUAGGACUUGAAGGCUUCCAGUAACAGACAUCACUCAAGAGCUCUCAAGCUUCCAGUAACAGACAUCACUCAAGAGCUCUCAAGCUUCCAGUAACAGACAUCACUCAAGAGCUCUCAAGCUUCCAGUAACAGACAUCACUCAAGAGCUCUCAAGCUUCCAGUAACAGACAUCACUCAAGAGCUCUCAACCUUCCAGUAACAGACAUCACUCAAGAGCUCUCAACCUUCCAGUAACAGACAUCACUCAAGAGCUCUCAACCUUCCAGUAACAGACAUCACUCAAGAGCUCUCAAGCUUCCAAUAACAGACAUCACUCAAGAGCUUUCAAGCUUCCAGUAACAGACAUCACUCAAGAGCUCCCAACCUUCCAGUAACAGACAUCACUCAAGAGCUCUCAAGCUUCCAGUAACAGACAUCACUCAAGAGCUCUCAAGCUUCCAGUAACAGACAUCACCCAAGAGCCCCCAAGCGUACUGACUUGUGGUCCUCAAAUUUUUAGAGGAAAGGCCAAAAUCCUGGAAAAUACAGCCAAUACAGUCAUGCAAGAAAUACAACUACAAUACCCCCCCCUCCCGCCUUUUCUGCCUCCUCAGGGCAGCGCUUCCCUGAGUAGUUUAGAAAAGGUGAGUGAGUGUGUGGCCAAUUAAAUGCUCCCUCCGUAGUUAACGAGUGAUUCAGAUUAUUUAGUUAAUUACUAUCAACCGUGAUGUGAUUACCCCUCCCCCCCCCCCUUAAGUUCUGUCCCCUCCCCUUGUCCCUCAAGUUCCGUCCCCUCUGUCUCUAUCUGGAGAGACAGAGAACGUUCUUCAAGGUCUCCGUCACUUCUAGAUGGCUGAUAAAACACCUGAAGCUGGCUUAUAAAACACAUGAAGCUGGCUAAUAAAACACCUGAAGCUGGCUAGGCUUACAAAACACCUGAAGCUGGCUAGGCUUACAAAACACCUGAAGCUGGCUAAUAAAACACCUGAAGCUGGCUAAUAAAACACCUGAAGCUGGCUAAUAAAACACCUGAAGCUGGUUUAUAAAACACCUGAAGCUGGCUAGGCUUACAAAACACCUGAAGCUGGCUAGGCUUACAAAACACCUGAAGCUGGCUUACAAAACACCUGAAGCUGGCUUACAAAACACCUGAAGCUGGCUAAUAAAACACCUGAAGUUGGCUAAUAAAACACCUGAAACUGGUUUAUAAAACACCUGAAGCUGGCUUAUAAAACACCUGAAGCUUACUUAUAAAACACCUGAAGCUGGCUUAUAAAACACCUGAAGCUGGCUGAUAAAACACCUGAAGCUGGCUUGUAAAACACCUGAAGCUGGAUUAUAAAACACCUGAAGCUGGCUUAUAAAACACCUGAAGCUGGCUUAUAAAACACCUGAAGCUGGCUUAUAAAACACCUGAAGCUGGCUUAUAAAACACCUGAAGCUGGCUUGUAAAACACCUGAAGCUGGCUUAUAAAACACCUGAAGCUGGCUUGUAAAACACCUGAAACUGGCUUGUAAAACACCUGAAGCAGGCUUAUAAAACACCUGAAGCUGGCUUAUAAAACACCUGAAGCUGGCUUAUAAAACACCUGAAGUUGGCUUAUAAAACACCGGAAGCUGGAUUAUAAAACACCUGAAGCUGGCAUAUAAAACACCUGAAGCUGGCUUAUAAAACACCUGAAGCUGGCUUAUAAAACACCUGAAGCUGGCUUAUAAAACACCUGAAGCUGGCUUAUAAAACACCUAAAGCUGGCUUAUAAAACACCUGAAGCUGGCUUAUAAAACACCUAAAGUUUGCUUAUAAAACACCUGAAACUGGCUUAUAAAAUACCUGAAACUGGCUUAUAAAACACCUGAAGUGGCUUAUAAAACACCUGACGUGGCUUAUAAAACACCUGAAGCUGGCUUAUAAAACACCUGAAGCUGGCUUAUAAAACACCUGAAGCUGGCUUAUGAAACACCUGAAGCUGGCGUAUGAAUCACCCGAAGUUGGCUUAUGAAACACCAGAAGCUGGCUUAUAAAACACCUGAAGCUGGCUUAUAAAACAUCUGAAAUCUGAAACGUGUGAGGUUAUCACAGAGCCACAGUCUAGACCAGUGUGGGGUUAUCACAGAGCCACAGUCUAGACCAGUGUGGGGUUAUCACAGAGCCACAGUCUAGACCAGUGUGGGGUUAUCACAGAGCCACAGUCUAGACCAGUGUGUGGUUAUCACAGAGCCACAGUCUAGACCAGUGUGGGGUUAUCACAGAGCCACAGUCGAGACCAGUGUUGGGUUAUCACAGAGCCACAGUCUAGACCAGUGUGUGGUUAUCACAGAGCCACAGUCUAGACCAGUGUGGGGUCAUCACAGAGCCACAGUCUAGACCAGUGUGGGGUUAUCACAGAGCCACAGUCUAGACCAGUGUGGGGUUAUCACAGAGCCACAGUCUAGAACAGUGUGGGGUUAUCACAGAGCCACAGUCUAGACCAGUGUGGGGUUAUCACAGAGCCACAGUCUAGACCAGUGUGGGGUUAUCACAGAGCCACAGUCUUGACCAGUGUGGGGUUAUCACAGAGCCACAGUCUAGACCAGUGUGGGGUUAUCACAGAGCCACAGUCUAGACCAGUGUGGGGUUAUCACAGAGCCACAGUCUAUACCAGUGUGGGGUUAUCACAGAGCCACAGUCUAGACCAGUGUGGGGUUAUCACAGAGCCACAGUCUAGACCAGUGUGGGGAUAUCACAGAGCCACAGUCUAGACCAGUGACAGGUUAUCGUACCUGGUGACUCAAUGUUCCAUAAUCUGUGAAUCGUAAAUUGUGUCAAAAAAUGAUCUGUAUAAGUACUGAACAAAGUGUGUAUAACAAAGUGUUGAAGUGUGUAUAACAUAAAGUGUUGAAGUGUGUAUAGCAUGAAGUGUGUAUAACGUAAAGUGUGUAUAGCAUGAAGAGUGUCUAGUAGUGCUAGAUAAGAGUGACAGUGUGUGUUCAUAGUUGUGUUUAUAAGAGAACAUAUUGUGAGGCGUUUACCUCCGUGUGGUGUUGUGAGGAAAAUGAGCCAUUAUAGAGCUCCCGUGAGCACCUUGUGAGGUUGACUCUGGCGGUGGGCGUGGAAGUGGUUAGUGAGCACCACUGGAGAGCGCUCUGUGGUGCUCUGUGAGCCCGCUCUCUCUGGCGCUCUGUGUGCACGCGAGCGAGCUCUCUGGCGCUCUGUAAGCUGCGUAUCGAUCGCCAAUCAUGGCGUCACACUUCUCCUUCAAUCUGCAGCAGGAGGACAAUGACUUCCCCGUCAUCACCAGACGACGACGACUCUUCUCGGUAUGUGGUGCAGCAUCUGGCGAGUGUGUCCCGCUUUUGGAGUAUGGGUCUGGCGGGCUCGGCACGCCGCUCUCGCCCACCGUGCGUCGCUCCGUCGACGAGACGUCCCUGUGGCGACGACGUACAGGGGCGUACGCCCCUCCGGGCGCCUUCAGACAGGCGUCGACGGAGGAGGUGCGGCGCCGGCGGGAGAGCCUAGCCGCCAUGUCCCCCCACCACCUAUCCGCCAGCUCUAUCCACCAUCCUGCAGGCGGGAGUGAGAGUUCUAACCUCCUGCGCAUGCGCAACUCCCUACUGGGUCAGUCCGCCCCGUCGUUAUCUAACUCUCUGAAGGAGCUGAGCCUCGUUCGACGAAGCAACCGGGUGCCUGGUCAGAGGAAGAGUUUCAUCGCCACUACCUCUCCAACACUUCCGCGAUGCCACUCUCCACUCAGCCAGAGUAGCCCCAUGGAGUCUCCUCGGAACAUGUCUCCAUUACAGCACUUUGCAUUUGCUCCCAAGAGCCGAGAUGGGCGUCGCUGGUCGGUGGCCUCCCUCCCAUCGUCUGGCUAUGGCACAACGCCAGGCUCCUCCAAUGUCUCGUCACAAUGCUCAAGCCAAGAAAGACUUCACCAGAUUGGGGGCCAGGUGGGAGCCAGUGGUGGAUCAGUAGGGGUUGGCACUCCAUCCAACGUAGGUUCACCAGCCGUAGAUGAAGUUCGUCAUGCCCAUAUGCGUCAUUUUUCCUCUGGCGAGAGUAACCCUUCCAUAGAUGAAGAUGGUCGUCGUUCCCCAAUGAAUCGACCACGAUCGCGGUCUUUAAGCCUGGCCUGGCUGUGCAUCUCAACACUUGAUAGUCCAAUUCGAUCUCCAGUGGUAGACAACGAGAUUGUCAUGAUGAACACUUUGUACAAAGAACGCUUUCCAAAGGCCACACAACAAAUGGAGGAGAGACUGAAUACGUUCAUCGAGGUUAACAAGGUUCUGGAAGUGGAAGGAAGUUCCGACAUUGCCCAAGAUGGCGUGGCAAUUGCUCGCUUCGUCCACCAUCAAGUGAUAGAAAUGGCCAAGGAUUGUCUUCAAAAAUCGCAAGAAAAACUGAUAACGAGCAGAUACUUUUAUGAGCUCUCCGAAAACCUGGAAAAACUGCUGUGUGAGACUCGUGACAAAUCGCCAGAUGCUGCUGCACAUCUCACAUCCCUUAUAAAGAAGCUGCUUCUUAUUGUAUCUCGACCAGCCAGACUCUUGGAAUGCUUGGAGUUUGAUCCUGAAGAGUUCUACCAUUUACUUGAGCAAGCCGAAGGUCAGGCUAGAACCAGCCAGGGCAUCAAAACGGACAUUCCUCAGUAUAUCAUCACUAAAUUGGGCCUCAAUAGAGAUCCCUUAGCUGAGCUGAGUGAUGACUUGGCGGGGGAUGGUGAUGCAGAAGACAGCACAGGAAGUGGCACAAGUGCAACCAGUGGGGCGACAACUCGAAAAACUUCCAAUUCAGAAUACUCUCCGGGACAGUCUUCCACCUACUCCUCAAGUCCACCUUCUAAAAGCUCUCCUAAAGAAGAGGAUUAUGAGAAUGUUAAACUCAUAUCCAAUGGAGCAUACGGAGCAGUUUAUCUUGUUCGACACAAAAUCAGUAAAGAGCGGUUUGCCAUGAAGAAAAUCAGCAAGCACAACCUAAUGCUUAGAAAUCAGGUGGAGCAGGUUUUCAACGAGCGUGAUAUAAUGAGCUUUACAGACAAUCCCUUCGUGGUAUCGAUGAUAUGCAGUUUUGAAACCAAACGACAUUUGUGCCUAGUAAUGGAGUAUGUUGAGGGUGGAGACUGUGCGAUGUUGCUCAAGAGCAUGGGGCCUCUUCCACCAGACAUGGCCAAGUUCUACUUUGCUGAGACUGUAUUAGCGGUUGAAUACUUACAUAGCUAUGGCAUUGUACACCGGGACUUAAAACCAGAUAAUCUGCUCAUCACUGCUCUUGGUCACAUAAAACUGACGGACUUUGGCCUGAGCAAGAUGGGCUUAAUGUCACUGGCGACUAAUCUUUAUGAAGGCUAUAUUGAUAAAGAGACACGGCAGUUCUCGGAUAAGCAAGUCUUUGGGACCCCUGAGUACAUUGCACCUGAGGUUAUAUUACGACAGGGGUAUGGCAAGCCUGUGGACUGGUGGGCUAUGGGAGUUAUUCUCUAUGAAUUCCUGAUUGGGUGUGUACCCUUCUUUGGAGAAACACCCGAGGAACUCUUCGCGCACACAGUGAACGAUGACAUUGAAUGGCCAAGUGAGGAGGAUUGGCCAGUGCCUAGUGAUGCCAAGGACCUGAUAACUGCUCUGCUUCACCAUUCGCCAUUGGAUCGGUUAGGGACUGUAGGCGGAGCAUUGGAGGUUAAGGAACAUCCAUUCUUUAUUUUCGUCGAUUGGGAUUCACUUCUGAGGAUGAAGGCAGAAUUUGUACCACAACUAGAUAAUGAGGAGGACACUAGUUACUUUGACACACGUCUGGAUCGGUAUAACCAUGAGUUGGAGGAAGAUAGUGAAGAGGGAGGGGAAGGUGGAGCAUACCCAUCGUUCUCCUCCUACUCUCCAAGGUAUCACAAAUUUACUUCUUCACACUCGGCAGAUGCCCCGCACCUAGAUUCCAGUUUCCAGAACGAGACUUCAGGUGAAGGAGGGCAUGAGGGGACAGAUAGAGGGAGGGCCAUUGUGUCCCGUGGAGACUCUGGACACAGUGACCAAUCGGAGUCAUCGCGCUCCACACUAGAGUCCUCUACUAACACACCAGAUAAUGAAAAUCAGGACCUUCCUGUUACACCAGAUGUGAAUGCCAGUAAAUUAGAUGGAGGCCAUGUGUGUCAGAGUACUCCAGAAUCAUCGCAGACCGAGAGUGAGGAUGUCUCCCCCCAAGUUCAGAGGAGAAGACGUCUCCAUUCUCAUUCGAGAGAGACUCUGCCGCGAUUCUCUAUUUCUGGGGAAGAGGAUUGGUUAAGAUUCAAGAAUAUAUAUGGCAGUGAGCUAAAUUGUCAUGAGAUUGAAAAUGAAGAGCAGCUGGUACCAUUAAAUAGGAAGCAGGGCCAAAGGGGUCAGAUCUUGCUCCCUGAAGAUUUUGAUAGUUUACUCUUUCCCAGCAUGGAGAGCGGAGGCUUAAGAGAGCUGUCUCCAGUUGAUGAGAAACCUGGGGCCUCGGAGCGAUUAUAUAUGCCUCGAGUCAAUGUCCCACCUGCGUCACCAGCAUUUAAACACAGAACGCGACAAGUGAUCAAGAGCGCUUCAGCAUCAGGGCUGUCCUUAAUGAUUCCUACAGAAGAUAGCAUGCCUCAGCCCAUACAGUCUCCAGGAGGGUCGAGUACUGCCUCAUCUCGUGAUGCUUCUCCUUCCAGGGAAAUUUCCCCUCUUGUCAACUCCCUUAAACCUCCUACAAUUAUCCGCCGAGGCCCGCAAGGCUUUGGCUUCACCAUCCGAGCCAUUAGGGUUUACUUUGGGGACUCUGACUAUUAUACUGUGCAUCACUUAGUAAUGGAUGUUGACCAACGUAGUCCAGCGUUUGAAGCGGGUCUGCGCCCCGGAGACUUGAUUACUCACAUUAACGGGGAGCCAAUCCAGGGCAUGUUCCACACUCAGGUUGUCACUCUGCUGAUGAGCUCUACAGAUCAUGUAUCUCUGCGAUCAAUGCCACUUGACCAGACUUCUAUUAGGGCAGGUGGCCGAAAAAGGAACCCUGGGGCAUCAAAACUGGCUAAACGCUUACCUGCCAAACACAGGAGGACAAAGAAGGACUCUGACAAGCGACGCAAGACGUCUCUCUUCCGUAAAGUGUCUAAUAAGCGUGUUUCUGCUGAAAUUCAACAGCUGACUACCCCUCAGUCGGCUCCUGUUUUAUCUCCUGAUUUUGUGCCUCAGUUCUCGGCUACUUUGCUUGCAGCUUCAGCAUCGGCAUCACCUCCAAUGCUAACACCAAGUCGAAGCUUUCAGUCACUAAAUCGGUCAGUUUCCUCUCAGGACAGUAUUCCCAGCUCCCCAACACGCUGCAAAUCUCCCCAUUCACCCCCCACUUCAAGACUUUUUUCUCCUUCAGUGGAACAAGUUCAGUCGCCUCUCAACUCUUCUGGAUCAUCAUCACCAACAUCCUCUGUACCUAACUCUCCAGCAGGCUCAACACUUCAUCAGCGACCUUCAUCUUUGCAUGUUGUCAACCAGAAAGUACCAAACGUUAAAGGCUUUCGUUCCCCUAAUAGACGGAAAUCGGUUGGACAUAUUCCUCUGUCACCCCUUGCUCGCACUCCUUCCCCAUCUCCUUUACCAGCAUCUCCUACUAGAUCCCCUUCACCAUUGGUUCAUCAUCAUAACCAUCACCACCACCAUCACUAUCAUCAUCACUGUCCUGGUUCCUCCAAUACUACUCAGACUUAUUCACCUGGAUCAUCUCUAACCCCUGCUGGACCAGCCACCAAGAAAUGUUUAGGACGGCCUAAAAGUGCCGAACCUGGCUCUCCCUUGCUUCGUCGAGCACUUUCACCAGAUCGACUUCACCCAAGGUCAGCUGAAGCAAAAGGCACAGUAACCAUUAGCCCUCUAGCUACACCAUCUCCAAAAUUGGGGAACAAUCCACCUAGAUUAACGGUAACUUCACAGUCUCCUCCAAAUUACGAUACUCCAAGUGUUAUUCGAUCAGUUGCUCCCACAAUGCUUGCACAACGCUUUAGCAGUGCAGUCAGUAUUCCACCAACACUUCCCACAGGCACUUUGGAAGAGGCACCAGAGGAAUUGGAUUCACCUGAGCGACAAGAGGCUGUGCGGACAAAUUUUCGUGAAGGCCCCCAGGGAGGCAGAGGAUCAUCACUGCCAGGGACCAACAGUGCUUGCUGUGGGGGCAUAGAAACUUCAGGAUCAUUUUGUAAAGAACAUUCUCAACCUGGAAUUCCUACAAAAAAUGGUAAAGGUAAUGGUUACCAAUUGGCCGAGAGAAGAGGCAGUAAGGAUUUUCUGGAGGGACGAGAAAAGCUUCGUAGCGACAGUCGUGGUCGAAGAGAAACGGCUGUUGCUGCUGCUGCUGCUGCUACUAGGGAUUUAAGAAGAGAAGACAGUAAACGAGAAUCUCGUCGUACUGCACAAGAGAAGCGGGAGCUGUUCAAGUCGGGUAAGGAGAAAGAGAGUACCUCCUAGGGUUGGCCCACCGCUGGCCUGCCUGCAGCAGCCCCAAGUGGCACAGAUUUGUGCCUUCAAAACUUGUGUGUAUUCUGGGCAGGACCGCGGCAUGCCUUCUCCGACAAAAGGUAAGGAGACACCUGCAGCCUGUGAUGAUAUCUUCCCUUUCUUUCUGGAUGAGUUAAAAUAUUAAGUAGCAAAGCUACUGAAAUCAUUCCUGGUGAUUGUUGGUAUGUGUAAAGAUGUGGUGUGUGGACUUUUGUGAUGAUGCCACAAGGCCUGCUGGUUGUGUUGCUACCAUUGUGAUAUUACAGAGACCAUCAGUCUCAAGCUUGUGUGUCUAAUAAAGUCAUCAUCUAUAAUACUUUUAGGCACUUGCAUUCUUUGGUCCCUGUCAUUUUGUAAAUACUUUAUUGUACUACGUUCCCUUUAUCUCAAAGAUUUUUACGUUUUUACUUAGAAAUUUAGAGUUGAAUGUGUUAAAUUGCAAAAUAUAAAUAUUAAUGUACUCAUUUGUCAUGUCCAUGGAAUUUUUCCAGUGUUGUGUAUAUUUUGUCCCUCAUUGUCAUGUUGCUAUACAAUCUCACAGUUGCCAUGUUGGAGUUGUCUGGUGGGGGAAGGGUGGGGGACAAAUUAGGAACUUGAACAAAUGCACUUCCAAUUGAAGAAGCGCAGUACAGAAAGAUUGUUAAAGGCUGUUGAGGUGAUUUUAUGGUAAAGCUCUUGGUGAUAUGUUCUGCUUGUGUUUCCUCGCUGUUUAAUGAUGUCUUUAUGUGUACUUAAUAUGGAAUUUGUUUUUCCCACUAGGUCGUUGGGUGGUGCCUCACCAUGUGCAUUUGCAAUGCAUUUAUAUGGUCUCUGGUAGGAAACUGUUGGUGGGCCCUUAGUUGAUACUGUAAGGCACCAUUGGCACUGUGUAUUAUAGCAUUAGUUGCUUGAGGUUCUUUAGCAGUAAUUCAAAGUUAAGGUAAUUGGAGCCAAGGUUUUCCAUGAGUAACAAAAGUUUACAGAAAGCAGCCACCUUUGUGUGUGGAUUGCAGCAAGUUGUUUUAAUGUGAAAAAAAUAUAUAUAUAAAUGUAAAAAAAAAAAAAAAAUAAUAAUCGCCGCCAAACUUUCCUGUAGUAGGUCAUGUACAAGAUAUACGUAUGUUUUUAAGGACACUGAUACUUCCUUUAUGCAUUUGUCAUACAAGACCAUGUUGAUGGUCGGGUAAUGUUUGAAGCUUUUAUCUAGCAGUUGUAGCAUGUCGUCAUUUUGUGACACCAGUCUCCCAUUAGAUACAGUGAGGAAAAUUUGUAUAUUGUGUAGAAACCAUUUGUAAAGAAAACAAUCCUUAUUUUCCAUGUAUAGUGUUUGUAGUUUAUAAAUUAUUGAUACUUAAUAAUAAUUUUUCAAAUGUGGUUAGCGAGUGCAGUAGUUCCCUGCUGUAGUUCACCAGAGCAGUUAAAGCAGCCAGGGUUCUCAAACUGGGGUUUACGUACCACUGGUGCUCUCUAAUUUGCAUAUGUUCCAAGGUUGCUAUAUUGACAAGAGCUACCUUGGACCAUAAAAGAAAAUACUAAAGAAAGCAUCAGGGGGUAUUCUUUUCCCCCCAUUUUUUUUGAGACAAAUUCCUGGGUUAAAGAGACCAGUCAAUGGUCAGGUGUGUGUUCUUGCUGUUUGACCAGUUUGCAAAAGGUGUGUCUUAUCAUCUUCCCUGUAAGCCUCGGAAAUAAGCGUUAAAACCUCAUCGUAAGUAAAAUUGUUUAAUUUUUUAUUUAAUAAAAUGAUGACAAAUUCUUGCGUUAUUUGCCAUUGAUCGAGAAAGAGGCUUUGCGCAAGACAGUGAAUGUGAUUAUUUCAGUGUUAAUAGGUGCAUGGUGGGAGGUUUUUGGUAAAAAGUUUGCUAUGCUAUAUUUUUAACGAGAUGAAAUGCACAUCAUCUUUUAGUAGCCUUUUAACAGUUAUUACACUUCAUGGUUCUUGUGCAUUAUUAUCCAGUAGUGCUGUGCAGAUAUGAAAUAUACAUCUUCCACCAAGUAUCUUUAAACUGAACCGAUAGAUAUGCUGGCUUUAUAUGAAAUCCUUUGAUACUACCUUGUGUUGGUUCUGAGGAUCAAUGUCCCCCACUAAGCAAAAACUUAACUAUUCUGUAAUAUUCUAUCCAUUGUGUCAUAACAUUCUGAAUGUUGUUGCAUUUUCAUAAGUCUUUUGGUAGCAGUCCCAGAAAAAAAUAUUGCAGGUGUUUCGGUAAAUGAAGAAAUUAUUAUAUAUUUUGUGGUGGCGUUAAAUCAGUUGGAAAUGAAUACUCGCUUAUAGCUCUCAAUUCUUUGAGUUCAUAAAAUAAAAAUUCAGUGUACAAUGGUCUUGUGUUGACUUUGUUCUGGUGCAUGGAUACUCAAGCUAUACUGUAGUUGGUCAUGUUUAUUUUCACUUUGUGGUACAGUAAUGUGUAUACGUUCAAACAGUAGAAAAUAUAUGUGCAUACGUUAACAAUACCAUGGAAAAGCCAAGUCUGAAUAUUAAACUGUUUACUUUAAAAUGCCACUGUAAAUUCAGACUUUUUCCAAAUUCCAUGUUUGAAAUUUGUCUGAAGAUCUUGUUCCAUUUACUGGAUGAAUUGAAAUCAGAAAUGCUAUUCAUAACAAGUUGUUAAAAUUAUGGGCUGGUAUUCAGCAGUGCCCAGUGUUUCAUAAGUUUAAGGAAUUUGAAAGUCAAUUGGCAUUUGGUUAUAUGGUACAGUUUACCUUGUCCGAGUUUAAUGUACAGUAGCGUACUGUAGUCUUGAUGAAAUGUUCCACAUACAGCCUGAGGAGUGUUAUGAUAUUAUGGCUUAAAUUUUGGUAUAAACUAUUACAUCCCUAGCAGACAGAGUGAAAUUAGAGUGCCACUUUCAUAUCCAACAUGGUUACUAUGUCGUCACACAUCCCUACCCCCCCUCCAUUGUUUUCUAGAUAUUAACUUGGAGAAAAUAAACUGUCUUAGGUUUC